UUCCAGUUCUACUCUCUCAUGGAAUCAUCUCGUCUGGCCAACCUGACUCUGGCCUACAAACAAGUGACUAUCUUCGCCCCGAUCAAUGCAGCUUUUCAAAAAUUCGGCGAGCUUGGAGACGAUACGGAAUCUUUGGUCCUAUACCAUAUGACCAGCGUUCCGAAAACCACCGACCAAUUGGGCAGCUCGUACACCUCCCUCUACUCCGAGCUAUCGGGCAGUCCGCCCUUGUGGAUCACCCACAUAACGGGCACCUACCACGACGACAUUUACGUCAACAACGCCAGGAUAUUGGUGAGCCAGUCGAACAUCCAGAGCACCGGAAAGGAUUUGAUCCAGGUCCUCCACAAAAUUGAUGACGUCUUGGUGCCUACUAGAUCUCCAGUUUCGGCUUCUAACCGCAUUUACAAUCCCACCGCUUGGGAAUUCCUGGAAAACUACGAAAAUCUGAUGCCCAGCAAGAACCCAUUUAGAGUGAGGAAUUUCCGCCAGAAAGUGCAGCAAAACAACAAAGAGGACAUUUACAAGGUGGAAGGAGGUCACACUUUCUUCAUACCAAUCGAUGAAGGUUUUGGAAACGAACGAGCCGCUCUGAUAGACGAGAAGAUAAUCGACGGUCACGUGAUCCCCAAACAGGUGCUCUUUACGACGCCCACCAAAAAGGACGUCGGCUACCAGACGCUGGCGAACAGCGACAACGACAUCAGGGUGGUCAUCAUUUUCACUCAAGAGCAAAGGGGCACCACGGUCGUCAAUUACGUCAAGAGUCACACGAAAUUCGGUGAUGGAAAACAUGCGCAGGGCGUAGUUUUGGCGGAAAUUCGCCAGGCAAACAUCCCAGUGAAAAAUGGAGUGAUCCAUCUCAUCCAGAAGCCACUAAUGGUAGUAGACAGUAAUGUCAAGAAAUUAUUAGAGGAUCACCUGGACUACAUUUGCAACGUCGGCAAUGUAGCCAACCAGGAGAACUAUAAGGAACCGGAACUAUUCGAAUAUCCCGUUUACAUUGAGCCAGUCCAAACUUUUUUGCAGGAACAGGACGGCAGAAUCUUGAGCAACUUUUUCAACGCCAUCCAGGAUGCUGGACCGCAAGGAGAAGAAUUCCUGCGUACUUUGGAACGCUCGCAUGACGUCACGCUGUUCGCGCCGUGCAACAAAGCUCUAGAAGACGAUCUGACGCUGAACGCCAUCUUGCGGGACAAGGCGAGGUUCAUGGAUAUCCUGAAAUUGCAUUUAGUUGUCGAUGAUAGAUUGUACGUUGAUAAAAUAUUGAAGAAUAGCCAGACAAGAGUGUAUCAAGCCCAGACUCUCAGCAAAGGUAAGAACCUGUACUUCAACGUACUCACAUCCGGACCCAACCGCACCAUGACAGUUGAGGGUGGUGGUGUGAAUGCCACAGUCAUUCAGGCCGACCUAGCAGCCACCAAUGGGGUAGUUCACGUGAUAGACAGGGUGCUAGGAGUACCCUACAGUACUGUCUUGGACAAAUUGAGGACCGAUCCCAUGCUAGCUGCUACCUAUACCUUGGGUACUCUGCAGGGCUUCAACAACCAAUUGAACAACACCAACAAAAAAUUCACCUAUUUCGUACCGAGAGAUAAGGCUUGGUUCGACGCCAAGGUAGCAUUGCCCUCUGCCAUCAAGAAGAUCUUCAUGAAAGAGUACGCAUACCACGCUACUGCGACUUUGGAGCGCCACCUAGUGAUCUCAGACGUGCCCUACACGAUGGAACGUAUCAAGCAGAUGACAAACGAAACGAACACUCUGGGUACUUUCGGGCAGAGACGGGAGGUUGAGCUGCCCGCCGUUAGGGGAUCAUUGAAGCUUUACGUCGAGGAACGACAAGACAAUACUUUCAUCAUUCAUUGGCGCGGCGAAAAAAUCCCGGUUUUCCGACCGAACGUGGAAUGCACCAAUGGCGUCAUCCACGUGAUAGACGCGCCGCUCCUGAAAGAAGGGGACAUCCAAGUGAGCGGUGCAUCCUUAGCGACGGUGGUGCCGCAGUUGUUGAUGCUGUUCGUCGCUAGAUACCUGCUGAUCUAA